UACAACGAUAAAAUGUUUAAACAAUUUAUAGCCUUGUUGUUGCUAAUUAGCGCUUGUAAUAGCGUAUUUGGUUUAUACUUCCACAUUGCCGAAACAGAACGUAAAUGCUUCAUCGAAGAGGUACCCGAUGAGACCACUGUCAUAGUCAAUUACAAAGUGGAGCUGUAUGAUCCCCGUUCCAAUGGUUUUAUGCCCUCAUCGCCUGGUAUUGGCAUGCAUGUCGAAGUACGCGACAGCGAUGACAAAAUUAUUUUAUCUCGUGUCUACAGUUCAGAAGGCCGCAUCUCUUUCACAUCCCACACACCCGGUGAACAUGUCAUCUGUAUGUACUCGAACAGUACAUCAUGGUUCAGUGGUGCCCAGCUACGUGUCCAUUUGGACAUUCAAGUUGGUGAACAUGCCAUCGAUUAUGCCAGCGUAGCACAAAAAGAAAAGCUAACCGAAUUGCAGUUGCGUAUCCGCCAGCUGUUGGAUCAAGUUGACCAAAUCACAAAGGAACAGAAUUAUCAACGUUAUCGUGAAGAACGUUUCCGUCAGACAAGUGAAAGUACCAACUCGCGUGUGUUGUGGUGGUCUGUUGCCCAAACUGUUGUCCUUGUCUGUAUGGGCUUCUGGCAAAUGAGACAUUUGAAGAGUUUCUUUGAGGCCAAGAAAUUGGUGUAAAAUUUCUUCU